ACAAGUUGUCACAUAGACAAGCCCCUCCCACAUUGACUGUCAAUAUGGUAAAAGUCCUUCCCACCCACCCCUAUAAAGCCUCUCACGUUGACUGUGUACACUCAGACAAAUAGGUAACUACAGCCUCAGAAAAAGCAUCCAGUAACUGGAGAGAUCUAUGCAACUGGCAGCCUCCCAGUGAAGUGAAUUGUUUUGAGCCUGAGGCUCCAUCCAAUAUGAAAGUGCAUCUUCAAACCAUCAUCUGCGGGUGUGUUCUAGCCACAGUUCUACCGCUGGUGAAAGGCACAGUCCUACCUCUAGUGAAAGGCACAGUCCUACCUCUAGUGAAAGGCACAGUUCUACCGCUGGUGAAAGGCACAGUCCUACCUCUAGUGAAAGGCACAGUUCUACCGCUGGUGAAAGGCACAGUUCUACCGCUGGUCAAAGGCACCAAAGUUGACCUCAACUCCAACAUGAAAAAGAGAUUUAGAGUCUGGUUACAGAGCCGCACAAGAGAAGAUUUCCAAAGCAGCUCUGCAGUGAACUCAGGGAUCCUCAGUGGACCAGGGCAGAGAGAGGAGACAGACCCCUCAGUAUUUCAUUCCAGGUCCAGAAGAUCCAUUGUGACCUCAGUGAAAAGACCAGGCUGUUCUCUGGGAACAUGCAGCCUGCAUGACCUGGCCCAUCGGCUACACAUCCUCAACAACAAGUUAAAGGUCAACAGAGCCCCGGAGGACAAGAUCAGCUCACAGGGUUACGGACGCCGCCGCAGGUCGCCACAGUCACUCCCACAGCGCUACGCAACGCUAAGUCUCCAAGCAGGCAGAGUGAGACUGAACUGCAGCAGAGAGUGCAGCCAAGGACUCCACCUACAGGCCAUCCCUCUCAGACAAACUUGAGACGGGCAGAGAACAGGAAGAGGAGUGUCGAUCUAGCGAAUAUCAAGCACUUUUUUAAAUGUUUGGGGCUGGCUGAGAUAUUACUGAGGUCCUAUUCCUGAGCAUUCCUUUCCUGCAUGGGGAAAAGGAAGGACAAGGUCAAUGGAGCAGGAAACAAUUUUCACACCACUGGAUGGAAGAUAGAGGGGCGCAAGAAGGUGUG